AUGGUGUUGCUUACUGGACAUCUCAGUGGUACCAUUCAGCAGUGGUUCAGAAUACAUCUCAUUCGAGCAAAAGUGCUAUCUAACCGAAAGCUGGAAAAGAAGACCUGCCACAUUGGAGGAAGGAAAGAAGUCCUACAUGACGGCGUCAGGUCACAGAAGCUCCUGACCACUUGUGACGGGUCCAUUAAGGAAGACCCAACGAUGGACUACGGCAUGCUUUUCAGAGAGCUGAGCGCCUGUGCUAAAAGUGCCUCAUUGUCGCGAAUAAGAAACUUGGAACGAAUUUCGAAAGCCACCAAAGAUCUGUUAAGGAGGAGGAGAGCACUGAGGCUGGAUCCGACUGCAUCACAUCUCAAGUGA